GGAGAAGACAGAUUUUGGGCCCAGCUAUCCCUCUCGCUUUACCUCUUCCUCUCUGAUUUGACUGAUCAGCAUUUGACUCUCUCGGCAACCGUAAACGCCUUUUUCAUUUGAUAAACGUAACAUUUUAUUCAAAACAUUUAGGCAAGCAUGCUUGCUUACUAAAUGCAAAACGCUGUAUAUUAUAGAUGAUACAGAGUAAUUUACUCUCAAAAUCUGUCUGUUAGCUAAAAUGGAAAAUACAUGUAUCCAAUGGAAGAACCAAUGUCUAAACAACAUAACUUAGAUGUCAGCAAGAAAGGAGGACAUCUCACAUAUUGUUACUGCCAUAAACAACUCAGCCUAUUAUUUCACCACCAGCUCCUGUUCUGGAAGGAUUCUUCUCAUAGAUGGGCACUCUUUGGCAAUAAACUCUGGCUUUAGAAACUCUGGAUUGACUGUAGACAAGAAGGGCAAAAUCAUACCGGCAGUCCGAAGUACCCAUGGUCUGGUGGUUCCACUGAGCCACAAAGGACAGGUCCUGGUGAAGGAGGACUACAUCUACUUCCUGGUGGAAGUAGCCAAUCAGAAAAUGGAGGAAAAUGUCAAACAAAUUGAGAGGUUCUACGAGUGGCUACAGUCUGCUUUGCAACCAGCUGAACCUCAAAGCCCAAGUAGACAGGAGACGGAGGAGAAAUCUGUUUACAAGCAACGGAGGAAAAGAGGACAGACAAACGUUUAAACAGACACUCAGACAGACGCCUGCCAAGACAACAGAGACAUUAAUCCAGUUGAGUUUGAGGACUGCUUGGGCAGUGGGCUGGAUCUGUUCACAUAGACAAAUCAAAUCAAAUACAUUUGUAUUUGUCACGUGCUUCGUCAACAACGGGUGUAGACACAACAGUGAAAUGCUUACUUACGGGCCCUUCCCAACAACGCAGAGACUGUAUGUUUGUUUUGCUCCAUGUGUAACUCUGUGUUGUUGUAUGUGUCGAACUGCUUUGCUUUAUCUUGGCCAAAACAAACAUACAGUCAAUAAUGCAGUAGAAAAAUAAGUCUAUAUACAAUGUGAGCAAGUGAGGUGAGAUAAGGGAGGUAAAGGCAAAAAAGGCCAUGGUGGCGAAGUAAAUACAAUAUAGCAAGUAAAACCCUGGAAUGGUUGAUUUGUAGUGGAAGAAUGUGCAAAGUAGAGAUAGAAAUAACGGGGAUUAUUUUGCGACAUUGCUUAUGUUUAGUAAACCUACAGUACCAGUCAAAAGUGGAAUCGUAUGGAAUCAUGUAGUAACCAAAAAAGUGAUAAACAAAUCAAAAUAUAUUCUUCAAAGUAGCCAACCUUUGCAUUGAUGACAGCUUUGCACACUCUUGGCAUUCUCUGAACCAGCUUAAUGAGGUAGUCACCUGGAAUGCAUUUCAAUUAACAGGUGCGCCUUGUUAAAAGUUAAUUUGUGGAAUUUAUUUCCUUUUUAAUGCGUUUGAGCCAGUCAGUUGUGUUGUGAGAAGGUAUGGCUGGUAUACAGAAUAUAGCCCUAUUUGGUAAAAGCCCUAUUUGGUCCAUAUUAUGGCAAGAACAGCUCAAAUAAUCAAAGAGAAACAACAGUCCAUCAUUACUUUAAAACAUGACGGUUAGUCAAUUUCAAGAACUUUCUUCAAGUGCAGUCGCAAAAAAAAGUGCUGUGAUGAAACUGGCUCUCAUGAGGACCGCCACAGGAAAGGAAGACCGAGAGUUACCUCUGCAGCAGAGGAUAAGUUCGUAAGAGUUACCAGCCUCAGAUUUCAGCCCAAAUAAAUGCUUCACAGAGUUAAAGUAACAGACACAUUUCAACAUCAACUGUUCAGAGCAUACUGUGUGAAUCAGGUCUUCAUGGUUGAAUUGCUGCAAUGAAACCACUACUAAAGGACACCAAUAAUAAGAAGAGACUUGCUUGGGUCAAGAAACAUGAGCAAUGGACAUAAGACCGGUGGACAUCUGUAAUUUGGUCAGAUUUUUGGUUCCAAUCGCCGUGUCUUUGUGAGACGCAGAGUAGGUGAACGGAUGAUCUCUGCAUGUGUGGUUCCCACCAUGAAGCAUGAAGGAGGAGGUGUGAUUGUGUUUGUGCUUUACUGGUGACACUGUUUGUGAUUUAUUUAGAAUUCAAGGCACACUUAACCAGCAUGGCUACCACAGCAUUCUACAUCGAUACACCAUCCCAUCUGGUUUGCACUUAGUGUGACUAUAAUUAGUUUUUCAACCAGACAAUGACCCAACACACCUCCAGGAUGUGUAACGAUUAUUUGACCAAGAAGGAGAGUGAUGGAGUGCUGUAUCAGAUAACCUGGCCUCCACAAUCACCCAACCUCAACCCAAUUGAGAUGGUUUGGGAUGAAUUGGACCGCACACUGAAGGAAAAGCAGCCAACACAAGUACUCAGCAUAUGUGGGAACUCUUUCAAGACUGUUGGUAAGGAAUUCCAGCUGAAGCUGGUUGAGAGAAUGCCAGGUGUGUGCAAAGCUGUCAUAAAAGCAAAGGGUGGCUACUUUGAAGAAUCUCAAAUAUAUUUUGAUUUGUUUGACACUUUUUUGGUUACUACAUGAUUCUAUGUGUUAUUUUAUAUAUCUGAUGUCUUCACUAUUAUUCUACAAUGUAGAAAAUAGUAAAAAUAAAGAAAAGCCCUUGAAUGGGUAGGUGUGUCCAAACCUUUGACUGGCAUUGUAAGUAUUCAGACCCUUUACUCAGUACUUUGUUGAAGCACCUUUGGCCUCUCUGCAGAUCCUCCCAAGCUCUGUCAGGUUGGAUGGGGAGUGUCGCUGCACAGCUAUUUUCAGGUCUCUCCAGAGAUGUUUGAUCGGGUUCAAGUCCGGGCUCUGGCUGGGCCACUCAAUGACAUUCAGAGACUUGUCCCAAAGCCACUCCUGCGUUGUCUUGGCUGUGUGCUUAGGGUCGUUGUCCUGUUGGAAGGUGAGUCUUUGUCUCAGUCUGAGGUCCUGAGCGCUCAGGAGCAGGUUUUCAUCAAGGACCUCUUGGUACUUUGCUCCGUUCAUCUUUCCCUCGAUCCUGACUAGUCUCUCAGUCGCUGCCGCUGAAAAACAUAAAGUCAAAUAGUUUCAGAAGGCACUGUACCUAGUGAUAAAGUGACAAGGCAACAGGAUAGAUAAUAACUAGUAGCAGCAGUGUAUGUGAUGAGUCAACAAAGUGUCUAUGCAGAUAGUCCGGGUAGCUAUUUAGCAGUCUUAUGGCUUGGGGGUAGAAGCUGUUCAGGGUCCUGUUGGUUCCAGACUUGGUGCAUCAGUACUUUAGAACUUUUUGAGGGUCUGAGGGCCAACGCCAAAUCUUUUCAACCUCGGAACAGGGUUGUUCAGAGAUAAUCGUUGGUCCCCAUAAUCAUUCUGGAGGACACUCUGUAAAGCUAGUCUAGACAGAGUAAAGAGUGGAGUGUAUUCAACUGUGGUGUUAUUAAUGGACUAAAGCAGAAGGAGGUUUAAAGAUCCACCAACCACACAUCAUUGUAAAUAUAGUACAAGGUCAAUCAAACAUAGCCUUAGGACAAAGCAUGGAGUGCAUCCAUAUUUGUCCUUUAAGUAAAUAUACUGUAACUCUAAUCUCACUAAAGACUCUACCUCCCUUUGUUUUUGAUGACUGGCGCCUGUGUAACAUAAAAACAAAGUGCACGUUCGCGUUUGCGUUUGCCUCCCGUGCAACUCCCUCCAGUCUGUUUCAGUUUAAUCCACCAUCAUUGUCUCAAAGUGCACAGAAGAACAUACACACAUAAGCAUACGUACACCCAUGUGUGUAUGUAUUUGAGCUUUCUAUUUGAGUACAAAGUUGGCCGCUCUCUGUGUCUUUGCCUGUGAAGAGAGAGGAGAUUUAGUACUACAGGGUAAUCCAUCAACAGACCACCGAGCACCUUUUUCAUGUCUGACAGUUGCUCUGAUGGGGAUAUGGCGUGCGGUUAAGAGCCCAUUUCCUGAGGAUUAGUAUCCAGUCAGUCAGGUUCUGUCCAGGCCCGGUUGGUUCCUGCUGCACUCAUGCCUCAUUAGGGAGACCCGCCUCAUUAACCAGGAAGAACUGCACCGGCUCUACUCUGAACCACCAGGAGGCCCAGCUUCAUGCCCAGGGUUUCCCCUGGUGUUACACUGUCCAUAGGCCUCCUUGUCUGGCUCGGUUGCCCGCCUGUCUGUCUAAAAUGAUUUUGUCUUCACUUGGUUUCAAUAGAACAUUUCUAUGUCCGAGGCAGUUCAGUGUUUCACCUACUAUUCGGAAUAAAUUUGCCUUCUGAAAAUGUGCUUUUCACUACUCUGGAGAGAAUCGUACGGAGCACACUGCACUUUGGUUCCAUGUUUGGAUUUGACUCGAAGAGUAGACUAGAGAUGUUUUUUUUAAUCUGCAUGCCGCAGUAUAAACACAGCUGGUCACAAACCUCAAGGUGAAUAAGACAAAUAAACUUAAUAUUGUAGAGACACCUG